AUGGUGUCAGACGACACGGAGAAGAAGCUGGAGAUGUCGCUGGACGAGAUUGCGCAGGAGCGCAAGGCCGAGGCAGCUGCGGCUGCCAAUGCUAGCGCCACCGGCGGCAAGGCCAAGAGCACGAAACGCGCCGAGCGCAUUGCGCAGUCGAGUCCGUACCAAGCUCGACAUGUUCGUAACGAGGAGGACGUCGAGAUGGAGCAGACCUCGUCUGUGGGAAGCCGCGUGUACGUUGGCAACUUGUCCUGGAGUAUCAAGGGGCAGGACCUGAAGGACCACAUGCAGGCAGCAGGACCCGUGGAUCUCGCCACGGUGCUGGAAUGGAAUGGCCGCUCGAAGGGAUGUGGUAUCGUCACGUACGCGACGGAGGAGGCGGCACAGAAUGCCAUUGCCACGCUGAAUGACACGGAACUGGGCGGACGCAAGAUCUUCGUCCGUGAAGACCGCGAGGCACAGCCAACUGCGACUACCAAGCCCAAGCGCGGCUACCGUGUGUAUGUGGGCAAUCUGUCGUGGAACGUCAAGUGGCAAGAGCUUAAGGACCACAUGAAGACGGCAGGCACGGUGGUUCAUGCUGAUGUUCUGGAAUUGGCGAACGGCCGCUCGAAGGGCUGUGGCCUGGUGGAGUACGCCACGGAGGAUGAAGCUGCGAAGGCCAUUGCCGAGCUGAACAACACGGAACUGGAAGGUCGACUCAUCUUUGUCCGUGAGGACAGAGAACCUGAAGGUGGCAGCAUCUCCAAGUUCGCUAAGCGUGCUUCUGCACCUCGUGGAAACGGUGAAGGUCGCCAGCUUUACGUCGGCAACUUGCCGUGGGACACCAACUGGCAGCAGCUCAAGGACCUGUUCCGAACUGUGGGUGACGUGGAGCGUGCUGACAUCGCCGAGUACCCUGACGGCCGCUCGCGUGGUUUCGGUAUCAUUCGCUACACGAACGCUGUCGACGCAUUGCAAGCUAUUGGUAAGUAA